UCAUCUACCAUUCCCAUUAUGUACAUACAUGAUAUGUGUUCAUGGCUCGAAUUUGCAGGAUAGAAAAAAGAAAGAAUCAACUUCACAAAUGUGUCAUCAAUGCCAGAGGCAUGACUACGGAAGAGUUGUGCAGUGUCUAGGCUGCAAAGAUAGGGACUGUCUGAGGAGAUACUGCACGGCGUGCAUGACUCGCUGGUAUCCCCAUUUAACAGAAGACGACUUUGUGAAUAGUUGUCCAUCUUGUCGCAAUAACUGCAACUGCAAGACUUGUCUGCGGAAAAAUAUAAUACAUAAGGUUGACAAGUGGAGAGUAUCUGACAAAGAUACAAUUAAAUAUUCACAUCGGAUUGCACACUAUUUGCUCCCAUGGCUGAAAGACUUGCACCAUGAGCAGGUGAAAGAGAAAUAUGUUGAGGCAGCAACGAAAGGCAUUGAUGCAUGCGAGGUGAAGAUUCCUCUAGCAAACUAUAAAGAAAAUAAGCGCGUAUACUGCUGCUCCCGGGAGCUCCGUGAUGGACUUAGUCCUGGUGCUGCUUCUGCAAGUGGCAUGGUCCUUCCGCAACCUGGGGUAGAAGGCAAGGACAAUUUGCAACAGGGAAGUAAUCAUGAUAACAUUGCAAGUCAAAAGCCUUCUGAUGGACAGAAUGACUUAUUGAUGGAUAGUGCAGUUCCUAUUGAGGAUAGGGCUCCUGAUUUGGGACAAUGGAAGGUAAAUAGCAACGGAAGCAUACCUUGCCCGCCAAAUGCAUUUGGUGGUUGCGGAGAUGAUGUUCUUGAACUUAAGUCAUUGCUGGAGGAGAAUGCUGUUUCUGACUUACUGGAAAAGGCCAAUGUAGUUGUCAAAAAUGAAGGAAUGCUGGAAGUUGGAGGCUCAAAAUGUUCCUGCUUUACUGACUCUGGUGAGAUGAGCAAUGGAACGUCACAGAAACUGGCUUGUAGAGAGAACUCGAGAGACAACUACAUAUAUUGCCCGAAUGCUAGAGAUGUUCAAAAUGAAUCUUUAGAUCAUUUCCAUGAGCACUGGUUGAAGGGUCAGCCUGUUAUUGUUCAUGACGUGCUUAAGUUAACUUCUGGAUUAAGUUGGGAACCAAUGGUUAUGUGGCGGGCUUUACGAGAAAAGAAAGACAAGACUACAGAUGAGCACCUCAAGACUACAGAUGAGCGCCUCACUGUUAACCUUCUUGAGUGCCUCACGUGGUCUGAGGUUAAAAUAAACAUGCACUUCUUUUUUAAUGGGUAUUCCCGUGGAGCUGUUGGUCCAGAGGGUUUGCCCAUGUUACUAAAGCUUGAAAAUUGGCCACAACACAGUUCAUUUGAGGAGCGAUUGCCACGACAUGCUGCUGAAUUCAUGUCUGCUUUGCCAUUUCGUGAAUAUACUGAUUAUAAAUCUGGUCCUCUUAAUCUGGCUGUGAAGCUUCCAAGAGAACUCACAAAGCCAGACCUUGGUCCAAAAACUUGCAUCGCGUAUGGUGUUACCCAGGAAUUGGGAAUUGGUGAUUCCGUCACCAAGCUUCAUUGUGACAUGUCUGAUGCGGUCAGUAUUCUCACACAUACUGACAUAAUAAAGCUCAAAGCACAAAGGAUUACAGCGAUUGAGAAGAAGAAAAAGAGUUUGACCAUAAAGGAAGACAAAAGAAAUCUUCAAGCUUCACAAACAGAUCCUGAUUGUGUUUAUGAGAAGGAUAAUGUGGAUGAUGGUUCCAGCAGUGAAGAUAAAAGUGAAUCUCCAGAUAAUACAGAAGGAACCUCUGAAUCUACUGGUGGUAAAAAACACAGAUGGCGCGGCUGUCAUUCUAACGCAUCAAAGAAAAAAAAGAAAACGGCCACAGAAUAUAAGGUGCACGGAACUUCCAUAUCACUUGAGCCAAAAGACGAUGGUGCCCCAUUUGUAGAGGGUAACCAGCCAGAGGGUGGUGCAUUGUGGGACAUAUUCCGACGGGAAGAUGUCAGCAAACUACAAGAGUAUCUUCUGAAGCACUCAGAGGAGUUUAGGCAUUACAAUUAUGAACCAGUGAAGCAGGUUAUUCAUCCUAUACAUGAUCACUGCUUUUACCUAACAGAUGAGUACAAGAGAAAGCUUAAAGAAGAAUAUGGAGUCGAGCCUUGGACAUUUGAACAGAACCUUGGUGAUGCAGUCUUUAUCCCUGCAGGAUGUCCCCACCAAGUCAGAAAUUUGAAGUCAUGUAUAAAGGUUGCACUUGACUUUGUUUCUCCGGAAAAUAUACAAGAGUGCAUCAGGCUGACAGAAGAAUUCCGUCUGCUUCCAAAAGGGCAUAGGGUGAAUGAAGAUAAGCAAGAGAUUAAGAAGAUAGCUUUUCAUGCAAUCAAACAAGCCAUUGAGGAUAUCACCAAAAAGGGUGGCGAGGAAAGCAGCGAUGAUGAAGUGGAAGAUCAACCUGGUCCAAGUGAACAUGCAGAGAUGGAAGAGGAUUUAAAACAAGCAGCUCAAGCCAUGUCCGAAGCUGAGGAUGAACCUGCAGAGAUGGAGGAGCACCAAGAAAGAUCAUCUGAGGACAUAUCUGAAGUUGAAGGUGAACCUGCAGAAAUAAAAGGGCACCAAAAACAAACAGCUCAAGCCAUGUCUGACGAUGAAGUGGAACCUGCAGAACUGGAGGGGCCCCAAGGAAAGUCAGCUCAGUAUUUGUCUAAAGUUAAAGGUGGAUCUUCAGAAAUGGAGGAGCACAAAGAACAAUCACCUCAGGAAAUGUCUGAAACUAAAGAUGGACCCACAGAACUGGAGGAGCACGGAGAACAAUCAGCUCAGGAUAUGUGUGAACUUGAAGAUGGAGCUCUAGAAAUGGAGGAACACCAAGAACAACCAGCUGGUGACAUGCCUGAAGCUAAAGAUGAACUAAUAGAGAUUGAGGGGCACCAAGAGCAACCAAGCGAUGAAGUUCAAGAUAAACCUGAUCCAAGCGAAUUGGCAGAAACGGAAGAGCACCAAGAACAAGUAUCUCAGGACAUGUUUGGAGAUAAAGGUGAACCUGGAGAAAUUGAAGAGUGCCAAGACCAAUCUGCUGGAGCCAUGUUAGAGUUUGAAGAUGGAUCCGCAGAGAUGGAGGAGCACCAAGAAAAAAAAGCUCAGGAGAUUUCUGAAGUUGAAGAGAUAGAAGAGGAUAAAAAACAAUCAGCUCAAAUCAUGUCCGAAGCUGAAGAUGAACCUGCAGAGAUGGAGGAGAACCAAGAAAGAUCAUCCCAGGACAUAUCUGAAGUUGAAGGUGAACCUGCAGAAACAGAGGAGCACCAAAAACGAGCAGCUCAAGCCAUGUCUGAUGAUGAAGUGGAACUUGCAGAACUGGAGGGGCCCCAAGGAAAGUCAGAUCAGGAUUUUUCUAAAGUUAAAGGUGGAUCUUCAGAAAUGGAGGAGCACAAAGAACAAUCACCUCAGGAAAUGUCUGAAGCUAAAGAUGAACUGGCAGAACUGGAGGAGCACCAAGAACAAUCAGCUCAGGAUAUGUGUGAACUUGAAGAUGGACCUCUAGAAAUGGAGGAACACCAAGGUGGCAUGCCUGAAGCUAAAGAUGAACUGGUAGAGAUUGAGGGGCACCAAGAGCAACCAAGCGAUGAAGUUCAAGAUAAAUCUGAUCCAAGCGAAUUGGCAGAAACGGAAGAGCACCAAGAACAACUAUAUCAGGACAUGUCUGGAGAUAACAGUGAACCUGGAGAAAUUGAAGAGUGCCAAGACCAAUCUGCUGAAGCCAUGUUAGAGGUUGAAGAUGGAUCCACAGAGAUGGAGGAGCACCAAGAAAAAAAAGCUCAGGAGAUUUCUGAAGUUGAAGGUGAACCUGCAGAAACAGAAGAGCAGCAAACACAAGCAGCUCAAGUCACUGUCGAUGUUGAAGUUGAACCUGCAGAAAUGGCGGAACCCCAAGAAAAAUCAUCUCAGGACAUGUCUAAAGUUAAGGAUGGAUCUGCACAAAUGGAGGAGCACAAAGAGGAAUCAGCUCAGAACAUGUCUGAAGCCAGAGAUGGACCUGCAGAAAUGUCAGCUGAGGAUCCAGGUGAAGUUAAAAAUGGACCUGUAGAAAUGGAGGUGCGCAGUAAAAAACCAUCAGUACUCAGAAAGAAAAGAGCAACCAUACGCAAGGUAAAGGGAGCUCCUGAAACAAUAGCCAAAAAGAAAGCAGUAGCAAAAGUUGCACGUGGGAAGACUGAUGUCUCAAACUCGUCAACAAAGCGAAAUGCCUCUGCUGCCUCCAUUGCUAUGCUUAGACGUCUAACCAAGAGAACAAGGGCUAACAAUGCAGAUUCUGAAACUGUACUUAUAUUACCAGUUCCUCUUCAAGUCAUUACUGAAGAAGCAGAAAUCGCAUUUGCAUCAGCUGCCAAGAAGAAGAAAGAGGAACUUCUCUCUGAAGCACCUAAUGCAACCGAAAACAUUGUUGCUGAAGAAUCAGAAUCUCCACGUGUUAAUGAGCUAGCAAUUGUUGAAGAAACAGUGAUUCCAUCAUUUGAAGUGCCAGAAUCUAAUGAAACUGCUCAUCCAAAGCCUGCAAAUGACAAAGCUGAGGAAUCAACUCCAGAGACAAAGGAUCAGUUUGUAGCACCAGAAGGUCCUGUUGCUUCACCUCCACUACAUGUCCCAUCUGAAGAACGUGAAAACACUACUCCACUGACCACAGAUAAUAACGAAGCAGCUUCAGUCAACUCUCAACUUCUUCUACAAAUUCUUGCAAAUCAACAGAAGAUUUUGAAGAAUCAGGCUGAUCAAGCUGCUAAAAUUGAAGAACAUUCUAAAUCUAUCAGGCAGUUUCGUCGUGUUUUGAACAAACUUGUCAUUCCUAACAAUCAAGCCACAAGUUCGCAAGUCUCCUCCACCAGCUCCUGAUGUUUCACGUUCUGUGCCUUCAUCACCAAGUAUUGAGGGUGGGUGAGAAGUUGCG